CUGGUUCAAAAUGGCGUCACAUGAUUGUGAAAACAAGUUGGUUUAGCCUUGAACAUUUUGUGGUUGUGACACUAAAGGAUCCGAAACGAGAUCCUGUCAUUCUUCUAAAGUGAAAGCAGUUCAUAUUUGUAGGCGGAAUGACGUCACCAAGACCGAUGAAGGGCUUAAAAUCUAGGCCUAUCCUCGGCGCUUAAGGCCAUUGAGCAGAUUCCAGCCUGGCGUUAGCUCUUAAACAUGUGCAAACAAGUGGUUGUAGCAUCGUCGUAAUUGAUUUCUAGAUCUGUAUCCGUGUGAUACGGUAUCUCUGAUGAGAGUUUGGAAAUUCACGGAUGCGUAGUGAGGAAAACAAAGACAAGAAUGACAGCAUAAAGUAAUGAGUGUCGAAAACAUGCUGGAAAAUCUACCCUUGUGAAUGAGAUUUUAGGUACCCCAAUCUUGCUAACAGAGUUGCCAGAAGAUUCCACGAGGUAUAUUACUAGAAUAAGGAAUUCCGAGUCGUAUCGUUUGAGACUCUUGGCAAAAGAUGAAACUGUGCUGGACGAGAAAACAUUUGCGUCUUCCGGACAUUUGCGGGAUGAGUAUCGGAAUAACGUUCGAUACAGGCGAGAAAAAAUUCAUUACAUUGAUAUCCUCUUACCUAUUCCGGGUUUUAAGGUAUUCUUCAGUUCAAUAAUAAGUGCUCACUGAACUUUUCUUUUAAAGCUUUUUUUCUUCAUUUUUUUUUCCAAAGUAUAACAAUCUGAAUAUCAUCCACAUUUUUAAAUACAAACACGAGUGUUGAGGACAAGUAGUAAUAAUAGGAUGUUAGACAAUAUACGUUAUGCUUGUUUGCGCAUGUACUUUUCAUGCUUUUUUUCUGUAGGGAAAUUUUAUGAUAAUCGACACACAACAUUGCUAUCAGGUUGGAGAAUUAGUAGACAUUCUGGCAAACUCUCCACCAGUGUAUGCCUUCGUCAUAGUCGUGGAUGGACCCUCUUGGGACUGUACCGCUUCAAAGCAUGAUACGGCAUUUAAUGCGUUGUUGGAAAGUAUAACAAAGAGCAAACUGCAGGCAACACAACAUGAAAGCACACAAACAAUGUUUGUGGUGAACAAGCUCGAUCUAAUGGCAGAAAAAGAGAAAUCCCAAGAAGCUGAAGAAAAGCGGUGCGCUAUGAAGAGAGAAAUUAUGAACACAUGGGAAUACAUUGAGGAAAAGAACAUUUUUCAUUUAUCAGCAAAACAUCCACAAAGUGGACGCAUAUCAAAGGCAGAAUUCGGAAAAUUCCGAAACACUCUUUCCAGACAUGCACACAUAACCGACGCAGUUCCUGUGACCCAAACGCCUGGUCAAUCAUUUAUGCCUAUGGACGACAUAGAGGAAAGAUUGGUGCAAGAGUAUCAAGCGCUCAAAAAGGAUAUACAAAUGCAUGAAACAGAUAUGAAAGAAAACCUGUUCGCAAGAAAGAAAUGGAGAAGAGGAAUGGAUAUUGAAGCACUUUUUAAAAAUCAAUUAUCCGAUCUAAAGAGAAAAGAAUGCAGUAUAGUAGUUGUAGGAGAAACUAGUGCUGGUAAGACUACAUUAAUCAAUCGCAUAUUGCAACAAGAUGUAUUUACACCCCAUAAUCUGGCAGCUACAGCAACAGUGACGCGAAUACGUCAUUCCAGCACACCACAGAUAAAGAUAUAUACAAAAGAGGAAAGACUUAUGCAGGACUUUUCUGUUGAGCUAUCAGAGAUGAAACAAAAAUUAGACGAGUGUACCGACUGUUCUAAAAUACCAGAGAGCUUGCAAGACGCAUAUUAUGUUGAUGUGUUUCUACCCAUUCCCGAUUUUCAAGGAAACGUGUACCUUGUUGAUACCCCUGGAAUUGGAACAAACAGCCAUUUAAACGAAGUUCUCUUUGAUUUUUUACCAAAUGCUGGUUCCUUCAUCUUUGUGAUAGAUGCGACUGCUGCUGACAAUCCAUCUAGAAAUAACUUCCUAGGUCUCAUAAGAAAAAUCGCUGAAAGUAGUCCUGAAAUGCCAUGUUUCAAUCCCGAGAGUGUUGUGUUCUUAACCAAUAAAUGGGACUUGAUAAGGACAGACAAAGAGAAGAAAGUCAUAAGCGCAAGAUUGGAGAAAAGACUAUUUAAGGAGUGGCACACUAUGAGCAGCAAAAAUCUCUUUAAAGUGAGCCUGAAAGAAGUUAAUGAGCAAAAGACAACACCCAACACGAUUGAAUAUCGAGAAUUUGAAGAUAGACUGAAAGAAACCAUCACUGCUUACCAAAACAAACGGAUGCAUACGCAUACCAGAUUCUUGGAUCAGCUCACAAAGGAUCUGUGUCAUGUAUUUGAUUCUGGUAUUGAAAGCGGUGUUGAUAUACUCAAUACAAUGAAAGAGUCACUUAACAGGCUGAAGUCAAUUAGGGUUUACUGUCUGACGGAGUGCGAAACGUUGCACAAGAGCAUAGUGUGUUUGAAAAAGGGGUUAGCUGCUGAACUUUACAAUCACUUGAAUUGCGAUGAUGGUGAGAGAGACAUUUUAAACCCUUCAGGAACUGAAAUCAAAUUUGUUCCUAUGCGGUUAUUAAAAGACAAAAUCCCGGAACUAUUCUCAAAUGGUGUCCAGCGAUGGUGUCAACGAUACGAAACCAAAACUAAAAUUGACAAAAUUGAUGGUUCAAUUGAAGAAUUUUUCACAAAAAUAAAAAGAGAUAUUGCUGAAGUAAAGGGAUUUUCUGACAAGCAUUCUUCUCCAUUAUUAUCGGAAGUGGUGUCAUCUGACGUUCACGUCAAACCAGUGAGUCUUCCAAAAGAGGCGGAGGAUACAGGAAAAUUAAUACAAUCUAUAAUGUCCAUUCUUUGGCCAACAACUUCAGAGAAGAGAGAGCACUUUACCAAGGAAGUUUACGCUGAUUGUUUGAAAUCUCUUACUCUGGAAACACUGGAAAAAUCAUUCCAUGACUCGUAUUCAAAUUAUAGAUGCCAUUACUUGGAACAGAACACCACUGAAUAUCUAACAAAACUUGAGGAUUUUGAAAAGAAAUUACGGGGUCAGAUCAAAACAAUUACAAUAAACCAGGAAAAUUUGUUGUUAAAACGUAUAUCCUUAAAUGAAAAUAUCCAACGAAUAGAGGAAAUAAAAAGUGCCCUUGACUUAUAAUUUCGAAAUAGAAGAAAAUUUAAUCUGGCCUUGACGUAAAAUUGCUAACCUUCAAUCUAUACAAGUUACAAUUGGCCCAGGGCAAAAAUUAUUUGAAGGAAAUAUUUUUCUGAACUACAAAGUUUAAUAAUGGUUAUACAUCUUUGGGGUAAAAUAGUUCAUAUUGCCUUCUUUCUUUACUAUUCGCGCCAGAGUUGUUGUGGUUUCUGUAGGGGUGAGGGUCAUAUGACAUGAUAGAACACGUUAUAACUAUUUCCAUUAACGCUAAAUCCUUAUAAACUUGUCUGUUAUAACAAUGCUUAUCAUUUAAGACAUUUCAAAGGAAAAUUUCCAGAGAUUUCGUAUAAACGUUUACGUUAAAAGAUUCUGUUCGGACAUGAUUUCAUUUUGGUCAAGAGGAUUUUUUGUGAAUUAGAAAAUGAUAUAAGUUAUAUACAAAGUGUAGGUGAUCAUUCAAAAUGUUCCUUUUAAUGAUGUUUUUUUUAAUGUGAUAUUUGCAAGGAAGAGAGGGAUAUUAGUAGUUCGCACAUUGAUGAAAGAGGUGAACUUUGAAGCGACUUAAAGGUAUUAAAAAAUACCAUGAACCUGUUCUGUGUGCGGCAUGGUAAUGCAUUAUUUUGACAAAUUGUCAAUAUGAAAUGAAUAACUUCCUUGUUAUCAAUGUAUAGUAUAGAAUUCACGGAACGAUUUUAAGAAUGCAUGCACCUACAUUAUGUAACAUACAUUCUACGUUGUAUGUCGUCGUGUGAUUGUCUUCUUGGUGUGUUGAAAUAUUUUAAUGUCACAAUUCACUUCUUGUAGAGAAUUUGAGUAUAGUGCAGUGUGAUAUCUUGACCGAUUAUGUCUGAAUAAAUAAAGUACCAUUUGAACUUAUACCAAAUUCUUUGAAAUAUGUCAAACUUCGUUCACUAACCUUUUCGGACCCUAGAAUCAAAGCCUUCUUUUAUUUAUCUGCAAAUCGGUAAUUUUAAAGACGACAUAUGUACUUAAUUUCACUGUUAUUUCAAAUAUGAUAAUACGACGAUAAGGAAUUCAAGGAUUUAUAGAUCUCAGUUUUAAUUCUAUAAGAAUUUUAGAUGAAGUCUUCCCUAAUGCUUGGGAAGAGUCUCAUACUUUACACUCGCUUUUUAUUUUCAAGUGAACGCUUCCAUUGAUAUAGAAACCUGAAAAGCAUUUUAUUAAGCACCAUCAACUCUGUUUAUUAUAUUUCUAAUAAAUAUUUUUCAUUGUUA